CAAACGUGCUCCUCCAGCAGGGAAGUUGUCGGCGAGGGGGGAAAUUCUGCAAGUCAUGGUGGGCCAUCCAAGACGAGUGAGCUGCGACAACGCCGGGGAAAUCUGUGCAUAACAGGCUGUCGUUUUAAUCGCAGGAGUGAUUAAGGAAUACUGCUGGUGAGGGAGGUCCGCGCUGUGACCGGUGGAUAUUAAUGAGUGAAGUUGUUUAAUAGGUUGGAAGAUUUGUCUGCAGAGCGUAAGAACUGACCACACGCAUCAUUCAAGAGUCUGACAGAGGCAGAAGAUCAGUUUUUCGUCAUUUAUUUUUAGUUUAUUAUUUUGUUUUGCUUUUUGUUCACAUAAGUGUAUGUUGUUGCUUUUCUGAAACCAGCGCCAAUGCCUUUAUAAAAAGGUAACAUAUCCUGGGUAUUUUAUCAGUACGUUUUAUUCUUGCAAUGGCGUCUACACAACACUGACUGUGGCAGUCCCAAUCUAACCCUCGCCAGUGUUUAGUUUUUUUUUUUGUUUUUAGUUUUUUUCUUUUUGUUUUAUUUUUUAAACUUUCAUUUUUCAUUUCCUUUGCAAAGAAAUGCUUUACCUGAAAAAGUACUUCACAGAGGGUCUGAUUCAGUUCACUAUCCUCCUGAGUCUCAUUGGGGUGCGGGUGGACGUGGACACCUACUUAAGCAAUCAGCUUCCCCCGCUACGCGAAAUCAUCCUGGGCCCCAGCUCAGCCUACACUCAGACACAGUUCCACAACCUCCGCAACACCCUGGACGGCUAUGGCAUCCAUCCAAAAAGCGUGGACCUGGACCACUUCUUUGCCAUCCGCCGGCUGCUAAACCAGGUGCGCUCUCUUGAUCACCUGCGCGUGCCUAGCACUGAGCUGAGCGCUUGGCUGGUGCACCGUGACCCGGAGACUGUGGUGUCUGCAACCAGCCAGUCCAGUCCCAGCAUUGCCCUGGACAAUGGGGGAAGCCUGGAGGACGUGAACAACCCUGAAGCCUCUGCCAUGAGAGGGGCCGGCAGUGCUUCUGAAACAACCUACAGCCUUAGUGGAGAGGACAGUUUGGGAGCAGUGGCACCUGAGGACAGGCAGGAGCAAGCAGACAGAGAGGGGGGUGAUGAUCUUUCUAAAGAGGACAUAGACCUUAUAGAUAUCCUUUGGAGGCAGGAUAUUGACCUCGGUGCUGGGCGAGAAGUGUUUAACUACAGCAGCAGACAGAAGGAUGGUGAGGCAGAUAAACCCAAUGAGGAGCAUGAGGAGGCAGGUGCACGAGAGAACUGGAGAAAUGGAAUCAAUCUGCAGGAGGGCCAGAGCCUGACUGUUGUGGAUGGAGAGACUGGAGAAAGCAUACCUGAGCAGCUUUCCAGCAUUGGUGCUCAGACCUCAAUGUCCAUGCAGGAAUGCUUGAGGCUUCUGGAGGCCACAUUUCCUUUUGGAGAGGAUUCAGAGUUUCAGGCUGCAGAUGCUGCCCCUCCGUUAAGGAGUCCAACUGCAGAUGUUCCAUCGACAUCUCAGGGGCUACCCUUGCAAGAACCUCCACCCCAAUCUGACGUACCUCUGGACCUGGAACAGCAAUGGCAGGACAUUAUGGCUAUCAUGGAACUGCAGGACAUGGAGGUAAAUAACACAACAGUGAACAGCAUCCUCAACAACAAUGUGAAUAAUACCGGUCCUAAUAACACUGAAUCAAGCACAAUGGCAAGUUUUGGUCUUUCACAAUCCAAUCUAAUCAACCAGGAUGUGAGCCUCCACCAAGCCUCCCUCCCAAGUUGCAGCCAGGAACUCCCGUCUCUUUUCAAUCCAGAAGUAGAUCCCUCUGGAGGGCAGCGGCCUCCCCUGCUUAGGCUUGCCUCCAGCAAUUCAUCUAAUGUGAACUCAACAUUUGGAGGCACCAACAUUACCGGGCUCUUCCUGCCACCACUACUUAACAGCACCAACAACUUAACUUCCACCCCAGUGUUGCCUGACCCCUUUACAAGCCUGUUAGAGGAGUCUAUGCUGGAUGAAAUUAGCCUACUAGACCUUGCCAUGGAAGAAGGGUUCAGCCAGGCCCAGGCUUCUCAGCUGGAAGAUGAGCUUGAUUCAGACUCAGGUCUGUCUUUGGACUCUGGCCACAGCCCUGUCUCCCCGAGCAAUUCUGAGACAUCCUGUUCUUCAGCUGCCUCAACAUCCUCCACCUCUGCCACUUUCUCGGAGGAAGGAGCAGUGGGCUACAGUACCGAUUCAGAAGCAGCUGCAGUGGAGGCAGAGGAGGGAGCUGUCGGAGGAUACCAGCCAGAGUACAGCAAGCUGUGCCGCAUGAGCUACCAAGAUCCCUCUCACUUCCAAAGCUUACCACAUUUAGAGAGCAUUAAUCACAACCACACCUACAAUCUUCCACUGGCAUCAUCAUACCCUGAGCAUUCUCCGUUGCUGGGAUCCGGCAGUAAAAAGGGCAGAGACAAGCAACUGCAGCAAACAAAGCUUCAGCCACCACGAGAGUUCAUUGACAAGCAGUCUAGUCGUGAUGAACGUCGGGCCAGGGCUAUGAAAAUCCCCUUUUCCAAUGAGAAAAUUGUUAACCUUCCUGUCGAGGAAUUCAACGAGCUUCUGUCAAAGCACCAUCUCAGUGAGGCCCAACUGUCCCUCAUUCGUGACAUCCGCAGACGUGGGAAAAAUAAAAUGGCUGCACAAAACUGCCGUAAACGCAAGCUGGAUACCAUCAUCAACCUUGAGAAAGGUGUGCAGGAUCUGCGACGUGACAAGGCACGGCUGCUGAAGGAGAAGGUGGAGUACUUGCGCUGUAUUACAGAGAUAAAGCAGGAGAUGGAGAGCCUUUCUCAGGAAGUAUUGAGCCAGUUGCGGGAUGAAGAAGGCAGACCUUACUCUGCCAGCGAGUACUCCCUGCAGUACGGUGCUGACGGCAGUGUUCUCAUCAUGCCUCGCAGCAUGGCUACAGAGGAAGGCCGCAAGCCUGACAAAAAACAGAAGGACAAAAAGAAGUGAGAAGCUUGACCUGCUUCGUUCUUUUGUUGCAAAGGCCCCACCACCAAAAAAAAAGUUUUUAAAGGUGGAAGAAAAUGUCCUUUUUUCUUUGAGAAGAUUCUAGCAAGGAAAAGAAAAUUGCACUGUCGGUUACUGUUCCUGCAUUAGGUUUUUCUUCUUUUUUCUUUCUUUGGUUCAGAAGUUUUCUCCAGAAAACAAAUUUGAAGAAGUGCUUUUUAAGUACUGAUUAUUCAUUGUUUUACUUGGAAUACGAACAGAAUGAACAAAGGAUAGGAUGGGGUGGAUUCAUUGAAUCUAAAGAGAGCGAAAGAGGCAAACCACCACUGUUGAGGAAGACAUUGGCAAGAUACUUAAUAAAGUAAAAAAAAAUAGAGAAAUCUACCUUAAUUUCAGCCAAGGUCUUGGAAACAAAAUAAAAUGCGGGCUUGCUGAUGAUCAACAUGAGAAGAUCAUUAGAAUCUUUAGCGUUGACCUGUGGUGUGCGAGAAUACCCAAGUUGUAGAGGCGUGUGGUGUUUAAGAAGAAGGCAUUUCUUUAGAAAGAAGGUGGAGGACAGCUUGUAAGUUGGAACUUGAACGUUUGAGGUGUUGUAACCAAAGGCAAAAUGAAGCAUGCCAAUACUAACCAAAGUUGGUGUUGUGCGUUUUUGUUGGUUCCCAGUUCUGUCCUGGUGGCCACUUGGCAUACCCAAACCAAGGUAUUUUCAGUUCCACAUAUAGGACAAUAAAAAACUACAGAUUUCAUUGGACAGUUAUUUCAUGAAACUCUCAUGGGUUUCCUUGGACAUUAUGCCAAUUGCCAUGGACCUGAGAAAGUGGAACCGAGAGUAGCGAUGAAGAAUGAGUCUGACUUGAUUCUUGAGGCUGGACUGAAAGUUUGGGAUACAGAGUAAUUACUGAGUAAGGAUGCACACUGCAUUACUAAUAAAUCAAAUUCUGUGCUCUGCUCAAUGCUGUAAAUCAUCUCUGUAGCUUGGCUGUAAGCUCUCAGUCUUUAGCGAACCUUCUUCCUCUGCAGGUUUGAGGGUGAGAAUGCCCUCCUUGCAGCCUUUUCAUGGUGAUUCUCCCAUGUGCAUAAACUGUUGAAUAAGCUGCGGGGCACGUAGGCCUGAAUUCAAACAUGUUGCUCCUGAAUUCUGUCAAGAGUGUUUCACUUGCUUUUAAAGCCACUGGGUAAUGUCCAUCUUGAGAAAAAAAAAUCUGUACAGAGUUCAGCUGAACUUCCAGCUUGGGUCACCUGCAUUUUCAUUUCUGGCUCAUUACUGGACUGCAUUGUUGCUAAAGCAACUGGCGCUAGCUACAAAACAUGUUCUUUCUGUUGCAGUGGUUACUUCUUGAAGAACAUUUGAAGAUUUUUUUUUCCUGGAUGCUUAUGUUAUUUGAUUGUAACACAGGAAGGACAAUGAACAAGAUGCUCAUCCUCUGAAAUAUAGAGAUAGCAGCAGGAUUAGUUCACAUCAUGUAGAGCACAGUUCUGUAGUAGCUGCGUCAAACAAUUUGAUUGAACUGAUGUCAUGUGUAUGUGUGAGGUGAAUUCUUGUCAUUUUUUUCAUCAGCAUAGUUUUUCCUUCUCCAUGCUCGACUUCCCUGUUAAAUCAUUUUGUUCAGAAGACUACAAUCUUCUCCUGAAGGCUGCUUAGCAUGUACCUCAAUCAAACGGGAUCAUGCUUAUAAAUGCAGCACAAAAGAUGCUUUUGAACUAUCCAGGGGUCUGACAUGCUUCUGAAAUACUGUAUAAUCUCUCUCUCAAAGUGGAGUGCAGAGCUUCAGCGGUAAUAAGAAUGCUUAACCUUCAACCUCAUCAUAUAGGUGCAUCCUCAUAGUUCAUUCUCUCCUACUGGUUUCCAUCGCUCACAUCUACACUGAGCACAUAGCCAUGCAGCACUGUCUCUGUCUGGUUUGGUGCAAAGUGCAAUAUGCAAGGGAGAAAAAGUCAUCUUGUCUCAAAAAUUGACCUAAAUGAGACAGCAUUUAAGAUUAUUAAUAGGGUUGGAGUAGAUAAAAUGGGUUAAAAAAAUAAAUUAUAAAAAAAAACAAGUAAAGAAAAUAAGAUCAGGCAUGGUAAUCAUGCUUAAGAUACUUAGGUGACAGUUAUGUACUUACAGUUCCUGGUCUUAUGCUAACACUACUUGUCGUCAUGCACUUUUCUAUGUCUUGUUUGUUUCUCUGUUUGUUUUGUAUAUAUGUUUUUGUCUUGAUUUUAAGAAUAUUUUGUCCCUUUGUGUUUUAUCAGGCCUUCUUAAUCCUGCUUUCAAAUCCCAUUUCUCCUUUUGGUUUAUUUUGGAAUACUUUACUGGCAAUCUGGAAUUGUUCCUUUGUUCAUUAAUAAACUUUUUUUUUUAUUUCAACAGUGA